UGCGCAGAACAGCUCUGGUUUCUGGGUACGGUCAGCAGGACGACGGGCUCCUGCUUUUUAAAAAAAAAAAAAAAAUUCGCCACUUUGUUCUUUUAGAAACGUCCAAAGUAAAAGUUGUCACCUUAUAUAUUAAGUAGAAACAAAGGCGUUAUUUAGAAUUGCUUUAAUGUGUGUUUUUUUUUUUUUUUUUACCUUGCUGCUAAUCGGCUAACUUCAGAGUACUAGCUUAGCUGCAUGUGUUUGUGUUUGUUGUGUAGCUGCUUUUCUGCUGAACUUGCUUCAUAAUUACAGUGUUUGACGGCGAAAACGGUCAAUAAACGUAGCCGAUCAGAGGCUGUUGCUUGAGUCCAAGUCCCCAUCAUGGUUUCCGUCGGCUCCGGUCCGCGGCUGCUGUUCUGGGGACAGUGAUGUUUAGAAUUAGCGGAUUUUUCAGGGGACUUCGGAGGACAGUGUGCAGUGCAGUGGACGACAUGGUGAAGGGCACGUUUUACUACGCAGUGAGGAAAGGCUUCCAACCUGGGGUCUACAAAACCUGGGAUGAAUGUAAAAGUCAGGUGGAUAAGUUUCCUUCUGCAGCAUUUAAGAAGUUUGCGUCGGAGGCAGAUGCCUGGGCGUUUGUCAGAGGAGUGGAACCGUCUGCAGCUGCAUCCUCAAAUAAAGUCCCAGACAUGUCCACGUUCACGCUUCCAAACAGAGGUCCGGAGCCUCUAGAGUACAUCCCUAUUGGUCAGAAGAGAUGCCACUCAGACGAGGAGGCGGAGACUCCAGCCAAGCGCCUCAAACGGGUGGAGACGACCUCUCCACAGAGUGCCGACAGUUUUACCUACAUGGGUGAUGCUGUGGUUGUUUACACCGAUGGCUGCUGUUCGUCCAAUGGGAGGAGCUCUGCGCGGGCGGGCGUCGGCGUUUACUGGGGCUGUAACCACCCACUAAAUGUUGCAGAGCGACUGGAGGGAAGACAAACCAACCAGAGAGCAGAGAUCCAGGCGGCCUGCAGGGCUCUGGAACUGGCCCAGGAGAACCACAUCCAGAAGCUGGUCCUGUACACCGACAGCAAGUUCACCAUCAACGGUGUGACUAACUGGGUCAGGAGCUGGAAGGUGAACGGCUGGAGGCUGAAGUCUGGAGGAACUGUCACCAACAAAGACGACUUCAUGAAGCUGGACCAACUGAAUGCUCAGCUGGACGUGGUCUGGAUGCAUGUUCCAGGUCAUGCUGGUUACCACGGAAAUGAAGAGGCCGACAGGUUGUCAAGGGAAGGAGCAGCAAAGCCUUUACAGAGCGAACACAACGGGAGGGUUUGAGUGACAGACUGGCUUCAGAACGCAUACACACACACAGGAUGUGUUUUUUUGUUUAGUUUUUUUUUUUUUGGGGGGGGGGGGGGGGGGGGCUGUUUGUCUUCUGUUAAAUAAUGAUUAUUGUUAUUAUUAUUAUUGUUGCUUUGAAUAAAGUUUCAUCUUGGUCUGUAUUUGUUCCCUUUAGAUGCUUCUGUUUCCUUAAAACUGUUCAUGUGAUUCACAUUAGUGGUCAUGGUCCACUGAAACUGAAGGGACAAUGUCCACUGAAGGGACAAGGUCACUGUACCUUCAUGUCAUGUAUUUAUCAUUUAAGUGCAUAAUUGGUGUCAGAAAAAUAACCAUUUGUUAAGAACCAGUAUCAGUGUAGAUUCAUUUUCUUUUUAAGCGAUUAGUUUUCUCUACAAAAUCAGAAAAUACACAACUAAUGACAAGUUCAAUGAAUAAAACAACUGAGAUCCAGCUGAAAG